UUUCAGAAUUCCUUGAGGUUGGCAAAAAGCAGCCUGCCCUUGAUGUUCUCUAUGAUGUUAUGAAAAGUAAAAAACACCGAACAUGGCAGAAGAUUCAUGAGCCGAUUAUGCUGAAGUACUUAGAGCUCUGUGUGGAUCUCCGCAAGAGUCAUCUAGCAAAAGAAGGACUGUACCAGUACAAGAAUAUCUGCCAGCAGGUGAACAUCAAAUCUUUAGAGGAUGUUGUUCGAGCUUAUCUAAAAUUAGCUGAAGAAAAAACAGAAGCAGCUAAGGAAGAAUCACAGCAGAUGGUACUGGAUAUAGAAGACUUAGAUAACAUUCAAACUCCAGAAAGUGUUCUUUUGAGUGCUGUAAGUGGGGAAGACACUCAGGAUCGUACUGACCGACUGCUUUUGACACCCUGGGUUAAAUUUCUAUGGGAAUCAUAUAGACAGUGUUUGGAUCUUCUCCGAAAUAAUUCUAGAGUGGAACGUCUGUACCAUGAUAUUGCACAGCAAGCUUUUAAGUUCUGCCUUCAGUACACACGAAAGGCUGAGUUCCGCAAACUCUGUGAUAACCUGAGAAUGCAUUUGGGUCAGAUCCAGCGUCAUCAUAACCAAAGCACAGCAAUCAACCUCAACAAUCCUGAUAGUCAGUCAAUGCACUUGGAGACCAGGCUUGUGCAGCUUGACAGCGCUAUUAGCAUGGAACUGUGGCAGGAAGCUUUCAAAGCAGUGGAGGAUAUUCAUGGGCUAUUCGCACUGUCAAAGAAACCACCCAAGCCACAGCUGAUGGCAAAUUAUUAUCACAAAGUUUCAACUGUUUUCUGGAAAUCAGGAAAUGCUCUUUUUCAUGCAUCUACCCUUCACCGACUUUAUCACUUAUCAAGAGAAAUGCGGAAGAAUCUCACACCAGAGGAGAUGCAGAGGAUGUCCACUCGAGUCCUUUUGGCCACUCUGUCGAUUCCUAUAACUCCUGAACGAACUGAUAUUGCUCGCCUUCUGGAUAUGGAUGGCAUCAUUGUUGAAAAACAGCGACGUCUGGCAACCCUGUUGGGUCUCCAGGCCCCACCUACACGUGGCAGUCUUAUUAAUGAUAUGGUAAGGUUCAACGUAGUGCAGUACGUUGUUCCAGAAGUGAAAGAACUUUACAAUUGGCUCGAAGUAGACUUUCACCCACUGAAGUUAUGUAGUCGUGUCAGCAAGGUUCUGAACUGGGUGAAGGAUCAAGCUGAAAAGGAGCCUGAACUGCAACUGUAUGUUCCUCACCUGCAAAACAAUACCAUUCUUCGACUUCUGCAGCAGGUGGCUCAGAUUUAUCAAAGUAUUGAAUUUUCUCGUCUGGCUAACCUGGUUCCUUUUGUUGAUGCCUUCCAGUUGGAACGUGCUAUUGUAGAUGCAGCCAGACAUUGUGACUUACAAGUUCGCCUUGAUCAUACUUCUCGAACACUGAGUUUUGGUUCAGAUUUGAAUUACAGCACUAGAGAAGAUGCUCCACUAGGCCCUCAACUACAAAGCAUGCCUUCUGAGCAAAUUAGAAAUCAGUUGACUGCUAUGUCCUCAGCUCUGGCUAAGGCUCUUGCAGUCAUUAAACCUCCUCACUUACUGCAAGAGAAGGAAGAACAGCACCAGCUGGCAGUCACUGCCUUCUUAAAAAAUUCAAGGAAGGAGCAUCAGCGUAUUCUUGCACGUCGUCAAACUAUAGAGGAAAGAAAAGAGCGCCUUGAAAGUUUAAACAUUCAGCGUGAAAAAGAAGAACUGGAACAACGUGAAGCGGAAUUACAAAAAGUCCGGAAAGCUGAAGAAGAGAGACUGCGCCAGGAAGCAAAGGAAAGGGAGAAGGAGCGUAUCCUGCAAGAGCAUGAACAAAUCAAAAAGAAGACAGUUCGUGAGCGCUUGGAGCAGAUUAAGAAGACUGAACUGGGAGCCAAAGCAUUUAAAGAUAUUGAUAUUGAGGAUCUUGAAGAGUUGGAUCCUGACUUCAUUAUGGCUAAACAAGUUGAACAACUGGAGAAAGAGAAGAAGGAACUCCAGGAACGCCUGAAGAAUCAGGAGAAAAAGAUUGACUAUUUUGAAAGAGCGAAGCGCUUAGAAGAAAUUCCCUUAAUAAAGACUGCCUAUGAGGAGCAAAGAGUGCAUGAUAUGGAGUUGUGGGAGCAACAAGAAGAAGAAAGGAUCACUACUUUGCAGUUGGAGCGUGAGAAAGCCCUUGAGCAUAAGAACAGACUAUCAAGGAUGUUGGAGGAUAGAGAUUUAUUUGAAGCCAGGCUCAAAGCUUCACGACGAACAGUUUAUGAGGAUAAACUCAAGCAGUUCCAGGAAAGGUUAGCAGAAGAGAGGCGUAAUCGUUUGGAGGAACGCAAGAAACAGCGCAAAGAGGAGAGACGCAUUACUUACUACAAAGAAAAGGAAGAGGAAGAGCAAAGAUUACGAGAGGAACAACUGCUUAAAGAGCGUGAGGAGAAGGAACGCAUUGAGCGAGAGAAACGUGAGCAGGAACAGCGUGAAUACCAGGAACGUGUCAAAAAACUAGAAGAACUAGAGAAGAAAAAACGUCAAAGAAAAAUGGAAAUAGAAGAAAGAGAACGUAGGGAAGAAGAAAGGAGGGGUCUGGAUGACCCAUUUUCAAGGAAGGAAUCUCGUUGGGGCGAUAGGGAGUCUGAAAGCUCCUGGAGAAGAGGUGGUGAGACAGAAUCUGAGUGGCGACGAGCACCGGUGGAAAGAGAUUGGCGUAGAGGAGAAGCAAGAGAUGAUGAAAGACCUUUCCGACGAGGGGAUGAUCUGCCCCGACGAGGGGAUGAUCUGCCCCGACGAGGGGAUGAUCUGCCCCGACGAGGUGCUGCUGAAGAAAAGGAGCGUCCUUCUUUGGAGUCAGCUGAGGACAGGCCACCUAGGCGUGAAGGGGAAGAGGACAGGCCACCUAGACGUGAAGGGGAAGAGGACAGGCCGCUCAGGCGUGGUUUGGAUGAAGACAGGCCGCUCAGGCGUGGUUUGGAUGAAGACAGGCCGCUCAGGCGUGGUUUGGAUGAUGAUAGAGGGAGCUGGCGGGCUGCAGAUGAAGACAGGCCACCGAGGCGCAGCUUGGAUGACGACAGGGGCAGUUGGCGUGCAGCAGAUGACGACAGGGGUCCCAGGCGCGGGAUGGAUGACGACAGGGGUCCCAGGCGCGGGAUGGAUGACGCAAGGGGGGCAGGGGCGCCAAACAGGGGUCCCAGGCGCGGGAUGGAUGACGACAGGGGUCCCAGGCGCGGGAUGGAUGACGACAGGGGGCCAUGGCGUAACACAGAUGAUGACAGGCUCUCCAGAAGAGAUGAUGACAGGGGUCCAUGGCGUAGUGGGGAUGAUUCAAGACCAGGUCCUUGGAGACCAUUUGGUAAACCAGGGGGGUGGAGAGAACGAGAAAAGGCUCGUGAGGACAGCUGGGGCCCCCCUCGAGAUUCCAGACCUCCAGGAGACCGUGAGUGGGAUAGAGACAAAGAUCGUGAUGAAAAUGAAAAAGACCGUGAAUUUGACAGAGACCGGGAUUUUGAUAGAGAUGAUCGUUUCAGGCGUCCCAGGGAUGAUGCCGGCUGGAGAAGAGGACCAGCUGAGGAAACUUCUAGCUGGAGGGAUUCAAGCCGUCGUGAAGAAUGGGACAGAGGUGGUCGUGACAUGAGAGAUCGACGUAUUGAUGACAGAGAUCCACCCCUCAGAAGGGGACCACCACUCAGAUCUGACCGUGAAGAACCAAGCUCAUGGCGGCGUGCUGAUGAUAGGAGAGAAGAACACGGAGAAGAACGUGAACCAGUGCGCCGAUCUGCUCCUGCUCCUGCUGCUCCUCCAGCUUCUGCUCCCCCACCAGUAUCGAAAGAACGAGAAAAAGAUGGGGAGAAGGAGAAGGCUUCCUGGAAGACAGAAAAGGAGCGUGAGUCUCUUCGCCGUACUAAAAACGAGACAGAUGAAGAAGGAUGGACCACUGUACGACGUUAAGUGAAAAAUCAAAACAGAGUUUAACCAAUGUUUUAGCUUUGAUUUGAAUCCACAGGUUAUAUUUGUGCUUAUAAACAUUCUCAAUUGGAAUUCUUUAACAAAUAUUUUGAGGUAACAUGAAAGCAUGAGCCUGAAUUACUUACUCAUAUAGAUUGAUCAUGCACAAAACUCACAGCAGAAGUUUGGAAAUUGAAUACCAGUUUUUGAAAUUUCAAAUAUUGCUUAUUUCAUGGAUCAUUUGUUGCUAAAAUAAAAAGAAGCAAGCCCAACAGCUGUCUUGAGUAAUACUUCUAUCUUACAUUAAAACAAGCUGACCUUUUUGGUUUUAGUUCUUAAUUUGGAAUGGGGUGUUAUCAUCAAAGAACAUGCAUUUGAAAACACUUCUGUUCACACAGUGGUGAAAUUACUGAAAAGCAGAGCUGGAUCAAUUUCCGUGAUUAGCCGAAAAAAAGAUACUAAGCCGUCUCUUAUUUAGGUAUUUUUGAGGGCAAGUGGUUUUGAGAGACAUAUUUUAUCAUUAUCUAAAUUCAGUAAGUUGUUUAAAUUUGAAUUAAAUACAAUAAACAUUAUGAGCAUUAGCUACACUGGGAUAUUUUCUGUAGAUUUACUUGAAUACAUAUGCCUAUGAAGCCGUCUUGCAGUCAUUGUUCCAGUAAUGUAUACUGCUGCAGUGUACAACCACAAAACCGAAAGCUUUUAUGAUUCAGCAUUUUGGUAAGCAUAUUGCUAUGUGUUUUCUGUUGCCAACAGCACAGCUGCUUUUUCCAUUACUGGAUAAUUCAUGCCUUUCAAGGAUUUAUAAAUAUUGUCAUAUUUAAAAUGUGUGGUUUUGAAGAAAUUGUUGAUUUCUUUCCCCCAAUUCUUUGUCUUCAGGGUAAAUUCUUUCCCUUUCCAAAAAAGUGGUUUGUAGUAAUGGCUGCGUUGACUUCAAUUUUGGGGUGCGGUAACAGUGAUUAACUAUCUGGUCAUACUGAAGCCAACACAGAACUUGCUGCUGUGUGUUUCUUCAAUGAUAAAUAAACAACUUCUGGAAUUA